UUGACCAGGAAUCAAAGUUUGAGGGAUCAGGUACGAGGCGGGCAGCAGCACGCAGCCCCAUUGAGCAGAUUACCUGCUGCUGUGCUGACUGAAGACUCCUGCACACAAAACAUGAAAAGUGUGGAUUCCAGGGGCCAAAGGCCUGCGUGGUGGGCUCUGCAGUGCCAAACCGGCUCGAGGAGAAAAGAAAGGCUCAGUCAGCAAGCCAGGGCCACUGGGGUGAUGAAAAGAUAAUUCUCCCCCCCACCGCCUCUGGACCUCAUGCGGCGUCAAACCAUUUGUGAGCAGUGACACAGCCAGAUUGGGCCGAAAGGAUAUGAGUGGGAAACUUCAAAACCUGCUCAUGUUUCUGCGAACGUGAAAGGAUUUGUAUAACACAUUCAGAUUUGAUGGACUUUCCCAUGUUCACUCUCGACAGCCCUUUUUUGUUGACAUGUUCAAAUAAUGAAUCUCUUAUGUGUUGGAUCCCUUUUCCCCCCCUGCUCCUGAGUGCUGUUUCUAGUUGCCAGGUAGGGAUGCUGUGCGGACCAUUCCAUCGUCUGUCCCAGGCUUAUGGAGAACCGCUGACUUGCUGCCUUCCAGGAUCCAGGGUGCUGAAAUGGAACAUAUUCUUUUGAUCCUUUUAAUAAUUAUUAAGGCUGAGUCAGUCGGAGCUCAAUUCAAUGGAUACAACUGUGACGGCAACUUUCACAGCCGCUUCCCAGCCGAGAGGGAUAUCAGUGUGUACUGUGGAGUGCAGACCAUCACCCUUAAGAUCAAUUUCUGCCCUGUCCUCUUUUCCGGCUACACCGACACUGACCUGGCCCUCAAUGGUCGUCAUGGAGACGCCCACUGCCGCGGAUUCAUCAAUAACAACACCUUUCCUACCGUGGUCAUCUUCAGUAUCAGCCUGGCCACACUGGAGUCGUGUGGCAAUUCUCUGGUGGUCUCCACAGCCCAAGGACCCAACGCUUAUGGGAACCUGUCACUGGUGCAGAUUGGAAACAUUUCAGGGUAUAUCGACACACCAGACCCCCCUUACAUUAUAAGCUACCUGCCAGGUCUGCUAUACAAGUUCAGCUGCAGUUACCCGCUGGAAUACCUGGUCAACAACACUCAGCUGGCCUCGUCAGCAGCUGCGAUCUCAGUGAAGGACAGCAACGGUACUUUCAUCAGCACGUUGAAUUUACUGCUCUACAAUGACUCAUCAUACGUUCAGCAGCUGUCCAUCCCCAUGGCAGGACUGACCCUGAAGACAAGGGUGUUUGCAGCUGUGAAAGCGUCUAACCUGGACAAGAGAUGGAACAUUCUGAUGGAUUACUGUUAUACCACACCUUCUGGAAACCCAAACGAUGACCUACGCUAUGAUCUUUUCUUUAGCUGUGAAAAAGACCCCCAGACUACCGUCUUUGAAAAUGGGAAGAGCCAAAUGGGCCGCUUUGCCUUUGAAGUAUUCCGCUUUGUAAAGCACAAGAACCAGAAGAUGUCCACCGUCUUCCUCCACUGUGUCACCAAGCUGUGUCGAUCCGAUGACUGCCCCAUGCUCAUGCCAAUCUGUGGAAGCAGGAAAAAGAGAGAUGUCCUUGAGAGAAAGGAAUCAAACGGUGUAUCUGGGAAUGCCGUCCUGACCGCCGGGCCUAUCAUCACCCGGAGUGACGAAACACCAACCAACAACUCUCAGCUGGCCAACCUGAAAGCUCCAGUGUUUCAGAUGAACACAGUGACCAGCGCUCUCAUAUCGGGCGUCAUCAUCCUGGGGGUUAUGAGCGUGUGCUUCUUCAUCUUCUCUCUCACCCUCCUCAAAGGAAAGAGUGCUCUUGUAAGCACCCUGACCUCAGGCGCCCGUAACCCAGCCUUCAACUGAGCGCCUCAGCCAACUGCAGACACUUCCUAAUGUGUGCUAACAAAGGGACAGAUGUGACAUGAUGUAUGUGAAUGUAGUCAUUUUACAGGACUAUAAAAGCUAAAUGUUGAUCUAGAAAACAGGUAACAGGUAUGAUGUGCAUAAGCAUAGAAGUGAAUCGGGAUAUGCAACAUUUACAUUCAAUACCUCAGCUAAAAAGCUUCCAUCCACGAAGUACAGGCUUAGUAACAUGGCUUACAGUACUUUAUAAUAUCUGCUGGUAAAUAUACGAGUACUUUAUUGAAUAUGUAACUUAAGAGAUAAAAGGGAAACUGUCGAAUUUCAAGUGAAAGCCUUUGAUUUAGUAAUUCCAUGACUUAACAGAUAGCCCCAGGCGUGGAUGUUAAUAUGUUUUAUUGACAUGAAAUCUAACAUUGUAUUAAUUAUUGGGUAAAUAUUUAAUUUAUUAAUAUUGCUACAUAUUAAAGGGGUAGUCCUCUGAUUAAUCAAUUGAUAGAUUUGAUGUACCUAUAGUAUAUGUAGUUCACUAACUCACUUUAAAGCUUUUAUGAGGCGGCAAUAAACUUGUUGUUUAAGUUUCAUUUGUACAUGUUCCAAAGGUAAUUGUUUAUAACUUUCCUGAAAUGUUUUUUAAAAUGCCAUUGAAGAUCUAUGCCUGAAAUGUGGAACUUGUGUACAGUUGUGCAGAUUGCAAAUAUUGCACUUUGACUUGUGAUUUAAACCUGCUCAGUGUCAUCUUUCUGAACAUACAGUAUGAACUUCCUCAGCAAUUCAACUAAAGAAUUUCAGUCAGCAACAAAAGAGCAAGAGUUGAUUUAUUGUGUUGGUGCGACCAAAACUUGACUUGUAAUAAAUGUAAACAUGUCAGUGGGACUGAAAUCAGACUAAGUCAAACUCCUUGAAGACUGACUAACACACUCUCAAUCAGAAGCAAAGUGACCUCUAGGUAUUCCAUAGGUCAUGUUCAUGUAUCAUGCUCCAUCAUUCCUGUGCGGGGCUUUGACCCGGAAGACAAACAACAUAAAUGUGUAACAU